AUGACAUCGGGAAUUUUGAAAUCAGUCUACAUUGAUGGGAAGAAUGCUCUAAAUAAUAAUAAUAAUAAUAAUACUAAUACUAAUUAUAAUAAUAAAAAUAAUAAUAAUAAUGAUGAUGGUGAGGGGGACGGAUUAACUCAGUCGGAACAGCCGGUUUUAAUUUCAAUCCACCCAUCGAGAAAUAUUAUUUCAAUUCACAUUACGUCAUCGUCGUCAUCAUCGUCAUCCUUCCUAACUUUACUAACUUGGUCCGGCUUUGGGGACAUGUACAAGACAGACGAAAGAUGGAAGUGUACCGGGGAAUACCCGGGCCGUCAUUGGUUCAAUAACUCACAUUUCGGCACCGGCUCAUUUGGCCUCAGAGCCCGAAUGUACAGCUGGCACCAACAACAACAACAACAUCAGCAGCAACAACAGCAACAACAACAACAACAACAAAAAAUGCACGGUCUAUGGAUAACAUCAGGCAUUGCAGCCAUCAGUGAUAUGUACUGCAGACUGGAUCUAAGAGAGAAUUGUUUAGAGAAUUUGAUUCUUUUAAAAAUAUUUUUGGAAUUAUUCAAACAUCAACAACAACAACAUCAACAUCAUCAACAACAACAUCAUCAUCAACAACAACAUCAACAUGGAAAGCGUUCAACGGAUGCAGAAGCAGGAAAAAAAAUUGAUGGCGAGGAAGACGACGAUGAUGAAAACUGGAUGAAUGAUGAUGAUGAGGGGGAAGACGACGACGAUGAUGAUGAUGAUGAUGAUUAUGAUGAAAAUAAUAAAAUAAACAACAACAAUUACAACAGUAGCAACAACAACAACACCAACGAACCCAGCAAAGAAACUGGCAGCGGACACAAACACAGGACUGACGAAGAAAAAUCAAGCGCCACAAAAAGUAAAAAGAAAUUGUUUAAAAGUGCAUCUAUCAAGGAGUACGAACGUGACGUCACCAUCGUUAACCUUCCGUCGAAUAUCGUCUGGUUUGGAAGCCGUGACGAUGGCGAUGAUGACAAUAAUAAUAAUAAUAAUAAUAAUAAUGAUAAUAACAAGAAAACCCUCAAUAAAAAUAAUAAAAAUGUCAACUCAAAGAAGACACUGGAUCCAGAUUUAAUUGAAAAGUUGAGCGCUACAUCAGUCGACGAUCAGCUGAGAUCUAAACAUGAAAAGAUUAAAAAUAAGAAGAACAGUAAAAUAACCCAUCGCCAUCUUUACUGCAAAAUUCACAUUAAUGUUUUUAGUUUGGCGAGCACAGGAGAUGCCCUGGUGUUCGUGAAUGUGCCUCCAGACUACUUGACAGCAGACCACGAGGUGAAGUUCCACAUGAAGACACCCCCCAGGUCCAUCAACUCGCUGGUCGUCUACGUAAAGACGGCCGAAACAAAAAUUAGGAGGGUGCCACUAAUAACCGCGUGGUCAUCCCACGGACCCAGGUACAACACUGAUUCAAGAUGGCGGUGCGCAUCCCAGAAGCCCGUCUCUAGAAGUAGGGGAUCGUCUCUUCAGAACUUGAACGGAUGGUUCGGCGAAUACUUUGACGAAGAAUCGAGUAUGAAAAGGGCCAGAAUAUUCGAUAUUGAUGAUGAAAAUAAGAACAUCAAUGGUAAUAAUAGUAAACAAGAUGGCGGGAAUUUUCUCUCUGACGUCUUCAUUCGGGGUAGAUAUCCAUUUCCGGUUUGGAUUGGGGCCGAUGAUUGGACGAGUGGUGCUGAUAAUGAUACGACGAAUAGCAGCAGGGAGUUGUUUUGCAGGUUGAACUUAGUGGAGAGCGGCUAG